AGUGUUUGAAACAUUUAGAGCGCAUAGAAAACUUUAAAAAAGGAAAUUGUACAACAGCCAUCUGUGACAGGCAAGAUGGAGCCUGUAAAGCGUAUGGAGUCAAAAUCAUCGCUGCAAUGGAAGCGUGCAGCGUUGAUGGCCAAAACCAUAACGGCCUUCAAAGAGACAAUAGAUGUUGACAGCGACGAAGAUGUGGAUACCAAGCAACAGAUCAAGUAUGGCAAACCUUCCCAGGCUGCCUGGGCUAUAUUUUCGGAAUAUUGUGACAAUAGUACUAUACAUGGUAUUAAAUAUUUGGGUGAACAAAAACGUCCUUGGUUGGAAAGAUUAUUUUGGAUUAUGGUGUUUGUUUGCUCGAUUUAUCUUUGUGCCUCGUUGACCAUGAACAUUUGGUGGAAAUGGAAUAAUAAUCCGGUAAUUGUAAGUUUUGCCGAGAAAUCUACACCCGUAUGGCAAAUACCUUUUCCAGCAGUUACGGUUUGUACGGAAACCAAGUCUCGACAAACAUUUUUCAACUUCACCGAUAUGUAUUGGAGAUCAGAUGAUUUGAAGAAUAAUAUAACGGUUGAGCCUUUAACAGAGAUUGAAUUGAACCGCCUGGAUGCAGCUUUCCUUGUGUGUGAUGCUCAUUUAGCCAGUAAUACAAGUGGAUUUGAUCAAACCAUUGGCACAGAACUCAUUGACACAUUGGGCACAAUUAUGCCACAAUUCCGUCAUACAUUUGAAAAGUGUCGAUGGCGUAAUGUGGACAAGAAAUGUAAUGAAUUAUUCUACAAAUAUCUAACAGAUGAUGGAGUAUGCUAUAGUUUCAAUACCCUAAGUCCAGAUGAAGUUUUUACGGCCGAAGGUUUAAUUGAAGACUUUGUCUUCGAUGCGGAGCCUCGUAAUCGCACAGAUUGGAAUGUUGAAGAUGGUUAUACGCUCAAUAGCGAGACGGAAACUUAUCCGCAUCGUGUGCUGGGUCCUGGUUCUAAAGCUGGUUUGGAUUUACUUUUAAGUGGUAUAGUCGAAGAUUUUGAUAAUUUAUGCCGUGGUCCGGUGCAAGGAUUUAAGAUUCUGUUAAAUACACCCGGUGAAGUAGCUCAAGUGUCUAAGCAAUAUUUUCGCAUACCCUUUGGCCAGGAGGUAUUAAUUGCGAUUAAGCCAAAAAUUAUUACCACUUCGGAUGGUUUAAAACAUUAUGAGCCUAGCAGACGUCAAUGCUAUUUCCAACAUGAGCGUGAUUUAAUUUAUUUCCAAACAUAUACCCAGAAUAAUUGUGAACUGGAAUGCUUGUCGAAUUUCACAAUGUAUAAAUGUGGUUGUGUGAAAUAUUCAAUGCCUAGAAAUGCUGAUAUUCCUGUAUGUGGUUCCCGUUCUAUCAGCUGUAUGAAUGAUGCUGAAGAUGAACUUUCCCUUAGAGAGUUUAAUCAAGGUAUUGAAACAUCCGGCGAAAAUUACCGUGGCCCAACCAGUUGUAAUUGUUUGCCUUCUUGUACAUCAAUUGCUUAUGAAGCGGAAAUAUCGCAAGCCGAUUAUGAUCAUAAACUGACAAUGAUGGUGGGAAAACAGGAGACCAUAGUCAAUGAAGAUGCUGUUAUGGAAACUAAAAAAUCCCGUCUAUCCAUAUUCUUCAAAGAAGCCCAAUUUCUAACCUCCAAACGUUCUGAACUUUAUGGUACCACCGAUUUUCUGGCCAACUGUGGUGGUCUAUUGGGUCUUUUUAUGGGUGUUUCCACUCUAAGUAUUGUGGAAAUUAUAUAUUUCUGUACAGUGCGCUUGAUUACUAAUUUGAAAAUGCGUCGUAAGAAACGCAAAGAAAUGAAAGAUUUGGAAACUGAAGACGAUAAGAAAGCUUAAAGAAAU